AUGGAUACGUCUCGGAACGGACCUGAAAACGGUUCGGAGCGCGCUGCGCAGAGCGAAGAACAGCCAGGCAACGCCAGCCUGGAGCGGUACUCGAAGAGGAGAAGCCUUGUCAUGCGGUUCCUGCAGUCCGAGCUGAGCCCCUGCCGGCUCCAGCACUACCAGAGCAAAGCCGAGCUGCUGAAGAAGUGUGGCUUCUACCUGCAGAUCGAGCCCAGGUACCUGCACAUGAGAGAGCAGAACCAGGUGAUCACCCGCACCGACAUCUUGCAAAUGGUAGACCGCUGCCAGCUCCAGAGGAUGAAGAAGGUGGCGAAAAACCAGUGUGAAAUCCAGCUCUCGCUCUUAACUGAGCUGUUGGAGCAGCUGCAACGAGGUCGGGAGGAGCUGAGCCGUCACCUAGAGACCUGCGACAUGGUAACUUUCCUCUCCAGCUGGGAUUUCACCAUGCAGAAGCUGUUGCAGCUCAUCGAGUUUCUGAAAAUUCUCCCUUCCCUGCAAGUGCCAGGAAAGCUCCACAUCAAGCACUGUUUGAUGUUACAGGCAGAUCUUCACAGGGCCAGGCUCCCCAACAUCAGGCUUUCUCUCCAUACGAAGCCGCCGGUGAUUUUUGACCGCAAGGAAUCGUUCGCAUACAAGGAGCGGGCCAGGCUGCAGUGGUUCCCCGAAACUCAAGAGUCCCACCUCGAGCGAUACGACCUGCAGGUGAAAUUAGUGACAAGCGGGAGCCCGACGGAAAUGGGGUAUGGUAGGCUGCAGACCGUCACCUCCAACAUGUGCAUCGUCCAGGGCCUGCAGCCCGACAGGUGCUACGAGUUCACCAUCAGAAGAUCAACCACCGAAACACUCGUCCUUGAAAAAUGGCAGGACAGCAUCACCUUGAAGACAAGAGCUGCCGCUGCUGAACGCGAGCAGGGCAGUGCUUGCGCGCUGAAAGCAUGA